CAGAGCGCCGCCCCUUGCUGCCCCUCGUUUGCGACUGUGGCCAUGCCAUGGCUUGGGCAACUGACUUCCGACAGGGCCAGGGGCAGGUCGCCGUGCAGGCGUAUCCGGCGCCCGCCGUUGCCGCGCCGUAUGUGCAGAGAUGUCGUUCCAUUUCGCCGGGGCCAAGCCGACCGCUGCCACCGUCAAGAGCCACGUUCAUAGCACGCAUGCCCACGGUGCAGGCGCAACAGCCGGUGCCCGCUCAGGUGGCACGGAGUAUUUCUACGCCCUGUGCGUGCACCCCAGUGCGGAGCGCGCGAAGCUGUGGCAGUGAUGACAUGUCUUCAUGUGCUGAGGGGCCGGCCCCGGCCGUGAAGAAUCCGACCUUGACCAUCCUCAUCCGGGACUUUGAGAUGCAGCAUUCGCAGCUCCCUCCUUGCUGGGAGUCUGACCUUGGCUCCUGUGCCCAGUGUGCGCAGCACAUCAGCCGAGUGCUCCAGGAGCUGGCGCAGGGCGAACGUGUUCUGGUGCCACUGGAGCCAAACGGGCCGAGCGUGCCUGUGCCCUGGGCAAGCCCAGAGGGCCGGCCAGUUCCUGACUGGUACCAGGCCUACGCUGGGUAUCAUCUGCUCGCUGACGCACUUCAGGAAAGUCACGGGGAGACAGUCCGUGGCUGCUUCCGGCAGUGCAGCUGUGCCCUCUCCGGGGUCUUGGGCUGGCGCACCGGUGAGGUGCAGGGCUUCCUGCGGCUUUGCUUUACCAGUUUCGGCCUGCCGGCUGCCAGCUGCCACCCCGCAGUGUGGUACCAGCUGAUUCGAGAGAUCGCAGCUGACCCAGAGGGGCGGCUCACGGAGGGCCAGGCCAUGGAGCUGCUGCGGCGGUUCCUGCAAAGGCUCAGGAGCUUCCAUGCAGAGGCUGAACGUGCCAACAGCCAGGCGGACGCAGGAGAGCUGGACGAGCGCAGGGCGCGUGGUGCACUUUGCGCGCUGGCAGCGAGCAGAGGCGACACGCUUCUUGCUGCCAAGGCCUCGCGCGAAGCGAGCCCAGUGCCCUCCACCAGAACACCAGGCUCUGCAGCUGCCCCAGACCCGCAGCGAGAAGAUGUGGCCCAACUUGCGGCUGCCAGCGGGACCAGUGGCACCGCCAGCGUGACUGCGUGCUCGUCUCCGAGCCUGGCCUCGCCCUGCCGCCGCGACGGGAAGACCUUCCGCAUCGCCUGGCGAGAGGGCGCGCCCGAGGAGAAAGCGGCGGUCCCGGGCCAAGAGGCAGAGCCACCCGCGCCCGCGCCCACGCCCGCGCCCUUGCCGGCGUGGCUGGAUGCUUCUGUGGGCUUUGCCAGCUUCCCGAGGCGGUCCCUGCACCGAGAGAUCGAGGAGAAGCCGAGGUACCCGGUGUUCUGCUCGGAGCUUGAACCCGAAGCUUUGAGCAUAGGCCUGGGCAGCUUGGGCACCUUGCCCGAGGCAACGCAGGGCCCACCCCUCGCUCAGAGUGCCCUGAGCCCAAGUGCAGCCGCAGCUCCCCCGCUGGCCGCAGCUACCAUGUUCGCCACCACUACCACAGCUCCAGCCUGUGCAGUCUCAGCGGCACCAUCUGCUGCUCCCAUGGCUUUCUCCACCCCAGCCUCCUCAAUGACUGCACUAGAUGCGAGGCUUGAGGAUGUGCCCAAGCUGCUGGAGAUGGAAUUGGGAAAGCGCUUGCGAGAGCCUUUGACGGAGGGCCCCAUCAUCUCUAGGGAGCCGGCCGAGGCGAAGCUGCCAGAGGAGGUCGAAGUGUGCCGUUUGCUGGGAGCCGUGCAGUCUGCUUGCAUGGACCUGGCUCAACGGCUGCACACUCAGCGGCAGGGGCAGCCUGGCGGUGUUCACGGUGGGGCUCAGUGGUUCGACAUGAGCACUCCAUCUGUGCCGCGCAGCUGCAACAACAGCUCGCGAUUGGCCCAGGUGCCGUGUGCAGCUCCAGAAGAGUGUGUAGAUGACCCGUGUCCGCUUUGGAGGCCACCGCAGUCGCGCUAAUGAUGGGUUGGGGCAGUCGAGAUGAGUGAGUGCUGUGCCUGGCAUGCAGAAGCGAGCCAGUGGCGUAACAUUGCAAAAUGCGCAAUGCCCGAAAAUGCA